UGACAACGAUGCGCUUAUUGCACGUUAUCGUCGCCAUUGGGUUCCUCGUUCUGGGAGCUGCCGACGCCUCGUUCAUCCCGCGUCAUCUUGCCAUCGAGUUUCUAGUCAGACGCUCGCCCAGACACGUCACUGCACGGCGGACGUGGCACGUAAGAGCAACCAGACAGAACAGAAACGUGGCACGUAACGUGGCGGCAGCUGCCUGACUGUCCUGUGGUAUCGUUACUUGCGGCAGGAUGACCAAGAGCCACCGUGGUAUUUGGUGGAUUCGGAGGCGCGGUAUUUCCUCGCUGCGCUGGAGAUGGCGGGCUUUACGACUGAAGCCGUGGCUGAUGCACACCCGCCGAUGAUUGUCUACUCGGGUGGCGCAUCCUUCAGCUGGUCUCGGCUGAAGGAAAGGCACCCGGGCCACCUGAUCCGGACAAGCCCCGGUGACGAGGACGAGAUGACGAGUCUUGUGGCACACAAAGGCUUCGAUAUGAGGCACAUCAGCUGGGAUUGGUACACUGGCCGGCUGCAGAAGGAGAUUGAGGAGAUGAUGCUGAUCAAGAACAGGAUGAGGGGAUGGACGUACAAUGCGGAGAGGGAGGGAGGGCAGUGGGAAUACGGGACUAUGGACAUCCACGCGGCGUGUUUUAUCACUGGAGGACCGGAGGCCUUCAAGAUGUGGAUCGGCAACAAGACUGAGGACGAGGCAAUGAACGAGGCGCUCCAGUACCUCAGCGACAUGGACGUCAGCGUUUUCUACUACAGCAGCCCGUUGUCGCCGCCCAAUCCAAGGAUGAACCUGGCAGAGGCUGUGGGAGAUGUCGAGAAAGAGGUGGACGAGUACAAGCGGGAGAGAAGAGAGUUUGAGCAGUGGGUUGCUGAAAAAGGGAAAGAGGCGCAGUCAGUGUGAUUGGCGAGAGGGAUGGAGAAUGAGAUGGCCCUUUUAGAUACAACACCCACAAACGCACAACACAGACACUCACACUCACACGGACAGAGAGAGAGAUUCCUGUGGAACGAGCGUAUGUCUGUGUGGAUGCGGUGUGCUUGCGGACGGGAUGUGAGACUGAGUGUGUGGGUUGGUGAUUUUUUCGUGAGGAAACAGCGGCCCUUUAUGAAUGGAUAUGCGUCUGUUGGCUCUCAGAGCGACCUGUCUGCCUUCUUGCAUGAUCUGGACACACGUUGACGUCUGGACGUGUCACAAUGACAUAUUGGGUGGAGGCGAAAACGGGCGCUAAUUCUUGGCCUCCCCUGCAGUGUGUGUCCGCCCGGCGGUGUCUGUCUGAUCAUGUGACUCCAAGCGCACAGACACGCACAUGCACACACAUGCACACAUAACCUGUCAGUUUCGGAUACGUGGGAUAAGUGGGCUUUGCACGUGACAUUAUUGAUUAUGAGGCUCCGAUGACA